UUUCCAAUAUUCGUUGAGGUAGUUGACACAGCCAAGUGCACCGAUGGCCUGAACACACUAAAGUGCUUGGGGUACACUAAAACGGAUAUACACCUAUAUAGCACAUAUUCUAUGUUUGUUAAUUUUUUCCCGGGCAAAGACUGAAUAAACAUAUAACACAUUUGUGCACUUUUAAAUAUAUUAGUUUUAUACUUAUAGGUACACGCCAAUUGAAUAAAUAUAAAAAAUAAUAAAUAACUUGAUCCGUGAUGAUUCUAUGUUUUGCAGAUUAUUCACAUCGUAUUAUUGUCGUUGCCAUAAACGGAGAUAAAUUCGGAUAGUAAAGAUAUCGUUUUUCCUCAGUAGAAUUGCUAUACAUAUUGUAGGUAUAGACGGGAUUAAACAAAACACGGUACCAGCCCGAUAGUUAUCGAUAAGAAAUUUUUAAUAAUAUGCUUGGAAUUCAUGAUAUGUGAUUUUGUGGGCCUUUUCUGAUAGAAUAUAAUAUAUACCUGUCACAUCAAUAUUUGAUUAUCUCAGCUCAUUUUGGCAAGCCAGAACAUUAUUAAAUAUGUUACUUUCAUAGUUUCAUAUAACAGAUAGCGUUAAAUAAAAUUAUUAUUUACUCAAAUUCGUUUUCAAUGAAUUGUGUAUAUGUUACAGGUGUGCCGGUUAUCCUAUGAAAUUAUGAACAGCCUCCAACCAGAUGCAUCAGCCAAGUUCACUUCCUUAGAUGACACAUUUUAUUUUAGUGGUCAAGUGCACAUACUGAAUGUAGCUUUAAUAUCUCAUGAAUCAGAAUGAUCGGAAGAGAUAGACCUAGAAGUAGGUGACGAGAUCGAAGUAGCUAGAAAUCAUUGGAACGGUUAUUCAAAGGAGUCAAAUUUGAGAACAAAAAUUUAUACACGGUCAUGAAAUCAACCAUGAAUAUUAUGAAGAUAAUCAAAUGUUACCUUUAGUUUUGGAAGCGAAUAUUUCUAUUCUCAUUACUUGUAUUGGUCGUUUUAUUUUAUGCGACCUGUAAAUUCAAACGCGAAAAACACGUCGACGAUGAUCUUAAACAAAAGCUUUCCAUAGCACUUCAACAUCUCGACGAGGAGCACAGAACCAACAUCGAACUGACAGAAAUAAGGAACAACCUAAGUCAAAAAUGAAGAACAAAAAUAAAACGUUAUACCCACCGUCUGAAGAGUACGAGUUGUUGCGUCGCCGUAUUUAUUCAAACACGAAAGAAGUUUGGUAUUACGUCAGUUCUACAUUACGAUCGUUGGCCAACGAAUUCGUUGAUUUGAAACCGAAAGUUUCUGAUAUGAAAACAACGGUCGACGAACACUAUAGAUCGUUAUUGAGAGAUGUCACCAAGCUGGCCGAUGUCGACGGUUAUUCACAGUGGAGGUUGAAAGAGUUUGGCUCUUUGAGUAGACUGGUCGAAAAGAGACUUCAACAUACGCAGAAUCCACCCGACUGUUCCAAAGCUAAAAAACUCUUGUGCAAUUUAUUUAACCAUUGUCCCCAUGAUAAAAACUGUUGUGGCUAUGGAUGUCGCGUACACCAUUUCGUCAAGUGCUUGAUUGUCGCCUACGCUACCGAAAGGACAAUGAUUAUAGACAAUCCUAAAAAAUGGAAGUUUACUAGCCGUGGUUUUGAAAAUGUAUUUUUACCACUUAGUGACACGUGUACAUCAAAAGAUGGUGAAACGGUUGCGCUUUGGCCAGGUAAUGAAACCACUCAAGUCAUAAAUUAUAUUGUGCCCACACCCGAAUCAACUCCCAAACAAUUUCAUCCUCCUUACAUUCCGGUCGUGUUGCCCGAGGACUUAGCUGGACGAAUAAACAUAUUGCACGGCGAUCCCGCUGUAUGGUGGAUAGGCCAGUUCUUCAAAUACAUCUUCCGUCCGCAACCAUCCACUACCAUUGCGUUUAACGAGUUUGCCAAGCGUGUACAUUUCCAAAAGCCAAUUGUCGGAUUGCAUGUCAGAAGAACGGACAAACUCAUCGGAGAGGCUUCGUUGCACAGACUCGAAGAGUAUAUGUACCACGUUGAAGAAUAUUACAAGCUCAAAGAAUUGGACGGCGUAUACGACACGAAACGCAUUUAUUUGGCCACUGACGAGCCAACAUUGUUUGAUGAAGCUAGACUCAAAUAUCCCAAGUACGAUAUUAUCGGUGAUCCAGAAAUAUCCAAAUCUGCAGCGUCUCUUCGAAAGCGUGAGUUGGACGAUUCGAUUAUGGAUAUCAUCACCGACGUAUAUUUUCUGUCUCAUCACUGUGACUACUUAGUUUGUACUUUUUCGUCAAAUGUGUGCCGGUUAUCCUAUGAAAUUAUGAACAGCCUCCAACCAGAUGCAUCAGCCAAGUUCACUUCCUUAGAUGACACAUUUUAUUUUAGUGGUCAAGUUCACAGACUGAAUGAAGCUUUAAUAUCUCAUAAAUCAGAAGGACCGGAAGAAAUGGAUCUAGAAGUAGGUGACGAGAUUGAAGUAGCCGGAAAUCAUUGGGAUGGUUAUUCAAAGGGGACAAAUUUGAGGACAAAGAAAACACUAUUAUAUCCUACUUUUAAGGUAACAACAAAAAUUGAAGUUUUGGCUUUUGCUAGCUAUGCAAAUAUUACUUCAAAUACUUGGACUUAGAAAGAAGAAAUGUAUAAAAACAGUAUUUCUACUUAUCACUUAAAUGUUAU